AUGGUUGUUCGGAUUAGACUCGCUCGCUUCGGAAACAAGCACAACCCCUUCUUCAACAUUGUCGUCGCGCAGGCCCGUUCUGCCCGCGGCGCGAAGCCCCUCGAAGUCAUCGGCACCUACAACCCCAUCCCUAAGAAGCCCACAAACCUGUACGAUGAGAACGCCGACGCCCGCCCAUACAAGGAGAUUGCGCUCGACCGUGCGCGUGCAAAGUACUGGCUCGGUGUCGGUGCACAGCCCAGUGACCCCGUCUGGAAGCUUAUGAGCAUGGCUGGCCUUGUUGCACCAAAACCCACCACCUACGACAAAGCUUGA